AUGGAAAUGUUGUCGAACCUGUUAGAUUCCUGGGGCCUGAAUCCGCCCUCCAGAAUCAGGCAAUUUGUCUUUGAUGUCGUUGCCUUCCGUGAUGAGUUGGCUAAAACGCACCCUAAACAAUGGUCAUUCGUCAUGAACGCCAACGCGUCCAUUCUGUCUACCAAACAGAACAUGACGUUCACCUAUGCCAUUUCAAGUUCCGAUCCAAUGCGCCUGGUCCAAGUCGACAUCUCUGGCGAUUACUGGGAACUCGAUGUUCACUGUGACGCACCAAACAGGGACCCGGAGGCCGAUAGAAAGCUUCUCGAGAACGAAGCAUGGGUAGACACGAAGUCUAUCGAGCCUACCCAUGUCCGGUGCAAGGCGUGUAAACAGCGCGUCAAUUUCUUCUGCCAUAAUUUUUAUUUUAGAGAGUGGCAGGACCAUAGGGAUUAUUGCCCGGCCGACUUUGCGAUUGGUAAGUCUCCAGCCAGCAUCUCUCGCGAUAGACUGGACUGGCAACGGCCUUCCAUCCAAAGCAGCGAGGUGUUCUUUCGAAAUUGCGACGAGUCGACUAGCGGACCAGUAGCGGACUGA